AUGAGUGAAAGUAUCAGAAAACAUAUAAAUGUGUGGAGUGAAGACGGUUUGCAUGGUUCAUCCGGCGAUUCAUCACAACUUAACCUAGAAACAAGUAUCCAAUUUGUGAAGUUGAAAAGCGAAUUGGAAAUUCUAAAAACAAAAUUAGACGCUUCUUCUGAGAAGACAUCAUGCCUGAUGGAGGUAAUUGAAAAUCAAAAGUGUAUUAUCGAACUGCAAAAAUCAAUGAUGAAUGUAAACAAAACCAAUACAAGAGAAAUGAAAGGCGAUGUUGCCGUUACUACUGAAAAUUCCGAAAUUCUCUCAGGUAAACCAAGGAAAAUGAGACAAGCUGAGGAAAAAUGCAGGAUGCCCAAUACUGGGGAAACACAGGUAUCAAAAAGCGAUCUACGGAGGGAAUCAAUCAUAAUGGGAACUGAAUCAAGCACAACUUUCGUGAGUUCCCAAAGAAAGGCUUGGAUAUAUGUGGGACGUGCAAAUGUUGAUACAAAGGAAGAGACGGUCCAUAGCUACCUCAAAAGCAAAUUUCCUACAAGGCAAUUCACAGUAGAGAAACUUCCACAGAGAGAGAAUGCCCAUAGCAGCUCUUUUAGGAUCGUGUCAAUGCCUCUUGUUGUAUCUGGAAGUAAAUUAGUAACUAAAAUGAAGUACAGUAUAAAUAGUCGAAAUAUACAAAGGUUCAAAAUUUCACUGGCUGAGAUAAACUGGGAAAGUGUAAGGGAUAAUAAUGCUGCAAAAUACUAUGAGAACUUUCAUUCUGCACUCCAAGGCUGUUUUGAUGACUGCUUCCCAAAAAUAGUCGUUAAAAACACCAGUUCUCUAAGAAAUUCUGACAAGCUCAAAAAUAAGAACGAGGGACUUCACAGGGCAAUCGAGGCUGCUCAAACUAUAUAUGAGGUAAGGAAGGAUAAAGCCUCAUGGGAAUUACUGAGUGUGCUCAAACGUCAUCUACGAGAAUAUUACACGAAUAUUAGAAGAUAUCGGAAUGAGAUGCAUGUACAGCUAGCUGAAAAUAAGACUAGAGCUAUUUGGAAUAUCAUCAGGAACCAAACGGGUAAAUCGAAGGAAAAUACCGAGAAUGUCAGCGUCUUGAAUGCUGAGAAAUUCAAUAAAUUCUUCUCGGAAAUUGGAGAAAUUAUCUCGAAACAGUGUAACCCUUCUGUGGAUCAGGCAUCAACUAUGUUGAGGAAGAACAAAGGCAGGUUAUCAUCCUCCUGUCAGUCAAUGUUUUUAGAGCCAACAACAGCUAGCGAAGUAUCGAAUAUUGUCUGCAAUCUCAAAAAUAAAAAAUCAGGGGAUGUGUAUGGGCUCAAUUCUGAAUUGUUCAAGCAGAUAUAUCCGAUUCUUUCAGAUGCUCUCUGUGAAGUUUUGAAUAUGUGCAUGGAACAAGGAAUAUUCCCUCAGGAAUUGAAGAUUGCUAGAGUGGUCCCAGUUCAUAAAAAGGAUGAUGUGGAUGAAGAGGGCAAUUAUCGCCCAGUGUCGAUCCUGCCAAUUAUAUCUAAAGUUUUUGAAGAAAUUCUGAGAAAACGCUUACUAUCCUUCCUAGAUGAACAUUCCUGUAUUUCUGACUCUCAACAUGGUUUUAGAUCGAAGCGAUCCACUACUUCAGCAAUAGUUGAACUCAUUGCUGGAGUCACAGAGGCUUUAGACCAUCAUCUACACCCUGAAAUACUUGCGUUAGAUCUCAGUAAGGCUUUUGACUGUGUUGACAGGGAAAUACUGCUUGAGAAGAUGGAGUACUAUGGAGUGAGAGGUAUAGCUUUGAAAUUCAUCAGAUCAUACUUAACUGAUAGAAAGCAGGUGGUCACAUGGAAGGGUAUGAACUCUGGAAUUAGAGAGAUAAAUGUGGGAGUCCCACAGGGAUCGAUACUGGGUCCUUUGUUGUUCAUUGUGUACAUUAAUGACUUACCAGGAAAUGUUCCGUGCGAGGCAACGAGUUUAUAUGCAGAUGAUACAUCCUUUCUCAAUAUUGCUUCUUCACGGGAGGAACUGGAGCGUGUGUGUAAUGAGACCCUGCGAGUUGCGGAGGACUGGUUUACCUUUAAUGGUCUAAAAUUGAAUAGAGAUAAAAUUCAAAGACUGAAUUUCAAUUUAAACAACAAAGAAAAACGUAGUUUGAACCUACUUGGGAUAACCUUGGAGAAUGAUCUUUGUUGGAAGGGGCAUAUCUCAUUACUUACCAGGAAACUGUCGACAGCCCUUUUUACUAUGAGGCGUAUGAAGGCCAUCUCUACCGAUAAUGUCUGUAAGCUGACUUAUUUUUCCAACUUUCACUCUGUGGCGACAUAUGGGAUACUGAUAUGGGGGCAUAGUCCAGGUCUUGAUCGGAUUUUCCUGAAACAAAAGGAGGCAGUAAGAAUUUUGAGUGGUGUACCAAAAACACAUAGCUGUCGAGAACUAUUUAAGAAGCAUAGGAUACUUACCAUUGUCUCCGUUUUCAUUCUGGAGUGCUUGAAAUUUGUUCACUCAAACAAAAAUGGGUUCACUCAAGUCAGCGAUUGCCAUUCGUACAACACCAGACACAGAGAUGAGUUCAGGAGCAAUUUUCAUAGAGCUAAAUCCACUCAAAUUGCAGUGAAUUACUGGUGCAUUAAACUGUACAACAAGCUUCCUCAAUCUAUGAAGAGUUUGCCAGGUUCAGCUCUUCAAAGAAAUGUCAAGAAUUUGUUGUUGGAGAACGUAUUUUAUUCUGUGGACGAGUUUUUGAGAUUCGAGUUCUGA